AUGACAAUUGUCGUUUUCCUCAUCGAUUCCAGUGCCUCGAUGGCUCAAAAAACGUAUCAGGGCACCGCGAUGCUGGAUGUAGCUCGGUCUAUUGUUGAAUUGAUCCUCAAGCAACGGGUACGUGAUGCAAGUGCGCGUGGUGAUCGAUAUAUGCUGAUGUCGUUCGAAGAUUUUCCUAUGAAUGUAAAGGCGGGAUGGCGAGAAAGCCAGAGUAUCUUCCAAGAGCAAUUGAAAAUGCUGAAGCCACAUGGUUUAACAUCAUUUGGUACUGCUUUAGGCUCAGCAUUGAGAUUUGUAAAUGUAAAUCGACUGCAAACUGGCAUUGAUAAUUUUGGUGCUGGUCGUUAUCCAUUCUAUAUUGAACCAGUUGUUAUAAUUAGUAUAACUGAUGGUAACUGUUUGACAUGUCCCCAGUUUGGAGCUGUUAAUGAGAUUAAAGUUGCUAAGCCUACAGCAAUUGGUAACGAACUGAUUGAAGAGCCGUUUAGAUGGGACCAACGCCUUUAUUCAAUAGUUCUACGUCUCAGUGGUAAUAAUCCUGUGGGAAAAAUCUCUCCUGGAAUGAAUAUACCUUCCGAUAAUAGUCCUAUUGAUGCGAUGUGUAUUGCAACUGGAGGGCGGUCAUAUUGCAUAUCAUCGCAUAAAAUGCUAGCUGUGUGUGUUGAAUCGAUUGUUCAAAAACUGCAACAACAGGGAAUCGUCUUACGCUUCGAAAAAUAUGGACCAGAUCCCACAUUAAGUCUCGACCGAACAAAUGGCGUUGUUGAAAACGGAAAUCCAAAAAAAAAUGGUGAAUUGGCGUCGGUUGGUGGUAAACCAUUUAAUUCAGAUAACUGGCAUAAUGUUACUUGCACCGUCUAUUCACGUGCAUCACGAUCAUAUCCGGGGCACUGGCCCAUUCCAGAGGCGUUUUGGCCCGAUCGCAGCAUGAUAAGUUUGCCGCCACGAAAAGCUCAUCCAGUGAUCUCAUUUCGUUGUGAAUCUAGUGAACCUCUUGUUUGUCAGGAUUUCCCAUUUGAUAAAUAUGAGCUUGAGCCUUCACCUUUAACAAGGUUUAUAUUAGAGCGUAAACAACCUGGAGUCUGUUGGCAGGUUUUUGUCCAUAAUUCAAGUGUACUCGGGAGUUCACCGGCUCCUUUCGGAUACCUCAAAGCGGCCACCAAUUUAUCAUGUGUAAAUUUAUUUAUAAUGCCUUACAAUUAUCCGCUGCUGCUUCCGCUAAUUGAGGAAAUGAAGAUGGACUCGAAAGCCAAAAAUAGCCAUUCCUGGCGAUUGCGUUUGGAAAAAUAUUUGGCCACAGUUCCAAGUUACUAUGUACAACCACUAAAAAAGGCAUUCACUCGAUUAAGUAUCUCACAUCCCAUGUUGGAACCUGACCAAAUGCAGCAGUAUUCGUAUAAUAUAUUGUCUUAUAUUGCGAAAGUGAAGCAUAUGGCUCGUGAAGAAUUUGAAUCGCUAUGUAGUACCGUGGCAGCAUCGCUACAAAUUUCGCCUCCUCUUGUAUCAUUGAUUGGCGUUCAGAAGCGUACACGUCUCUGCGAUGGUAGAGGCAUGAAAAGGAUCUCUGGAUAUAGUAGUGAUAUGGAAAAUUUUCAUGGAUUCCAGGUACAAGUUGAGAUCCCCAAAAUAUUGAUUGCUCCAUCGUUACAAUUUCGAAAUCCAUUUGAAAUUAGACGGGGUAAACUUUUCGAGCAAGUGCAGAAAAUGCGAAUCAAUUUAAUGCAACAGCUCAAUGUAGGGCAGAUACCAAUAUUUGAAGGUGGUCGACCUGGCACUAGUAUAAAAUUGCAACAUGCGGAGGAUUUGCAUAAUCUUCCCAUUGGUCAGAUGGGUAAUUAUCAGGAGUAUAUCAAGAGUCUUGAGGCUGUAGGACGUGGUCCACUUAGAGAAGUUGAGCCUCAAGCAAUCCGUGUACAUGCGUUCGGGAACCCUUUUAAAAUUGAUAAGAAAACUAUGACGGUGGAUGAAGUUGGUGAAGGAAACUUACUGGGAACUUCUCCAAAAAUGGAAACUUCAAAAAAACGGUUGUCUUCGACUGGUUCAAAUGUUUCAAGUUCAGAUAGCAGUCGCCCGCCACGACGAAAAGCGGGGCCCUUAGCAGCCGAUUCCUUGUCUCGAUGGCGGCGACGACGGAGACAUAGUACAUCCUCAAGUUCAUCAGCUUUAUCCGAUCUCGACUUAGCUUCUCUCAGUUCUGAUCUCUCUUCCGAAGAUACUCAAAAAGUUACUGGUUCAGGUUGUAGACAGUCUACAUCAGCUUUAAAUGGUAAUCUUGAGCAUACAUUGAAUGGUGAUGUACAUGAAAAAUUACUGAAAAGAUCUGAAUGGUCUGAAUUUUCACCAGUGGAGAAAAAAUCACGUUUAGAUGGUGCAUCACGCUUAGAAGAGUCGGCACUGAAUGAGAAAAAAUUGCUUUUGGGCAAAUUUGUUAGAAAGCUUGCAAACGCGGAAAAAGUGAUGUCAUUGCAAAGCACCGAAAUGGAAGAUCUUUGUAUUGUGGAUCGUAGGAUAUGCUUACGUUAUGCAUUGCGUGAAGCUAGGCGAUUUCGAAGGAAAGCACUAAUAGAUCUUAUAACCAAACAGUUAGAUGAAAUGUUGCCGGACGCUCCGAUCAAUGAAGAUUUGUAA